AUGGCACAUUAUGGACCAGGACGUGAUGGGGAUGUUACAAAAUGGUCGAAUUUAGCUUCAUUCGCAUCAUUUAUUGGUCGUAGUACAAAUAAUGCUGGUGUGCAUAUUCUAAUGGCAGAUGGAGGUUUCGAUGUAUCUAGUCAGUAUAAUCUUCAAGAGGUUAUGUCUAAACAAUUGUACUUAUGUCAGUGUUUAUGUGCAUUAAUCAACCUUAGACCAGGUGGACAUUUUUUAACAAAAUUAUUUGAUACAUUUACUGAAUUCACAAUUGGCAUAAUUUAUUUGAUGGGUUAUUUAUUUGAAGAGAUUUUCAUUAUAAAACCUGUAACUAGUCGACCAGCUAAUUCGGAACGUUAUUUAGUAUGCAAAAAUUUACGAUCAUCUUUAAACACAAUGGCUGGUUGUGUACCUGCUCCCAAAUCAUCAUCAUCAUCCAUGACAAGUCAUUCGGAUUCCACUGAUCAAAAGUCAAGUUUCCGACAGAAGACACGUAAAUUUCCAGGUCAACAACAACAAACAACCACCACAAAUGGUAUUGUUGUUGAUGAUGUGGAAGCCAGUAAGAAGUUUGGCAUUCUAACCGAUAUGAAACAAUCUGGUUCACUUGGUCUAGUGAUCAAUCAUUUUUUACAAGUUAAUGAAAAGUUGAAUCAAAUUAAAACAAACCAAUCAGUGUCGUCACCAUCAUCAUCAAUCAAUCCAAAAUUGGAUGUAUUAAAAAUAUGUCACACUGAAAUAAUUGAACAAGAUGACAAAUUUAUGCAAUUUAUUCAGGGGAUGAAUGAAGAUUUUGCUAAACAUCAAUGUAUCGCUUUGUCAAAACUAUUAGCAUUCUCUCAAGAUCACAGUCUUACUGAAAAGAGACAAGAUGAAUUGUAUAGAACAUGUUUAGAAAAAUGGAAGAUUCCGUUAACAGAACGUCGGUCUGUCCCUUGGCCUUUAUUGUCCGCUAAUCGUUCACCAAUUAUUCGUCGUUUAUUAGGUGAUAGCGAAAAUUUGACAUCACUCAAUACGUUACCAUCAGAAUAUCGUGCAAAUAUACGUCUUACACCAUUCACUAAUGCAAAUUUAAAUAAUUUAGAUAUUUUAUAUCAUAGUAGAAUUGCUUUAGUAUGCGGUAAUCCGUCGAUUACAUCAACUUCUGAACCAGCUCAAGCAAUGUUCAUUUAUUCACAUGGAUCUGCAGUUGCGGAUACUUAUUGCACUGUUGAUGGAGAUCAAUGGAAUAGAUUAGAUCAAGUGAUACCUAGACUAAACCCACGACUUCCACCUAGUACCUUAAUUUGGGGCCAACCAUUUUAUGAAUAUGCUGUGAAG